ACAAGUUAGUUUGGGAAACUUUUGUGUGGCGCCUGUGCGACGCAACUCGCCGGGCACCACACGACUUCUGGCUCCGGGACCAUUAGAAUUAUGAGCUGUGUGUCGGUGGUGGCGCAGCUGUGGGAACAAGCUGUCAGAGAGCAACGCUGUCAGCACGCGAACUUGCAGCGAGCGAGUGAGGGCAGGACGGGACAGACAACAAGGCUGCCAUUGUGGCGGAUCAGCGAUGGAUUAACAGAAUUCCUCUUCUCUGCGAGCUUGUCUCUGUGUGGAGGUCCUACAUCCUCGGAACCGAACCUCUGCUGCCGGUUUGAACGCUGGACCUGGGACCAGAGAGGCUGAUGUGGGAUGAGUGAGCAACUGUGGUCGGAACAGUGUUCGAAUCAAAGACACUGGUUCUGAGGCUUAAACUGGGGAUUAGCUAACAUUCGGAUGCUAAGUGUUUAUCAGCUGUACAACAUCCUGCACUGGAGACUAUUGUUAGUCCAUUGGUUCCAGCAGGAGACACACCAAACCGUGGAGGCCCGACCCCACGGAUACAUGCUCACAACAAGGCCUCAUUCAGCGACUGUUGUAGUGGUAACUGUGGUGAAUCCUAAGACUAUUAGUAGAGCAAAUGCAGAUAAAUGAGAGGUGCAUCACUGGAUGUGCUGAGUGUUUAGGGAACUCCUGUAUAAUCUCCAAUAACCAAGACAUUUCUUUUCUAUGGUUUAAAUCCAGGGUGUCCCAACUUUUCACAGGGGCCACAUUUGGUUGGACAAAAUGAAUGAGUAUUGAAUUAAAGAAUUACAAAUAGUGAAUGUAACAAACCAAAAUAAAUAGCCUUUGAUUUCUAAAUAACACACGGAAUUUCCCAAACAUCAUGCAAAUCUCUUUAAUUGAUUUGCCAAACUGUGUCCCUUCUUAACAGCACAGGCAGCAGUGGUUGUCAGGACUUCGGAUUAGCUUGGCCACUUCACACUGUGGUGUUUGCAUUAGACGGAUGUGGUUUUGUCAACAAGAUCUGACAUUUAUUAAAACAUGUUGUCUCUGACUGACAGUACUCUGAGGCAAGUUUCCACAUAAAGUUUGAUCAGGCGCCACAAAUGGCCCCCAGGGCUGACUUUGGACACGCAAACAAAACAUGAUGUCAGUUUUUUUUUUUCCAUAGAGAUUAGAUGUCAUUUCUUUGUCCCACAGUGGGGAAAUUCAACAAUGUCAGUUGUCUGUUUUGUGAAACAAGUUAUUAUUACAUUUUAUUAUUUUGUUGGUUUCAAAGAUCCAAGUUCCUAAGCUAACAAAGGACUCAAUUUGGGGUCGAUUUUAAAGAGCUGAGGCUGCAGGGAUAUUCAAGGCUUUGUGGCAUCAUCAGUAGCUAACUAUCUCUCUAUACAUUAUGUGAACAAUUUCUUAACUUCUUCUUCAGAAAGGUUUAGCGCAUACUUGACUUUCUGUAAAAAUCAAUAAAGCACAGCAUCAUGGUGUAAUAUAUCCUGAUGCUAUGUAUAGAACUAUAGAUACAUAUAAAAAGUCGUGAUAGGUUGGUGACGCUUCACGAAACAUCAUUUUCAGAGCACAGAAGGUGGCGCUCUUGGUCUAAAAAUGAUGUGAGGUUUCAUUGAUCUAGAUUUUAGAGCAGAGAGCGCCAUCUGGAGAACUCUGAAAAUGAGGAUUCUGUUUCAUGAAGCCUCACUGGCUCAUCACUAAAAGGUUCUAAAGCGAUCAUGAUUACUUUUGUCUACUCUUAUUUAUUAACGUUCUUCAGACCUAUUUUCCAUUUGAGCCUUCAGAACCAGGACAUGACAUAUCCAUGAUUCUAGAUUGGACACCAUGCUGAAUUUUAAGAAGGGAGAUGAUUUAACUUUCUGGUUGACUGUUUAUUUGCUGAUUUUAAAUAUGUGAGAAACAUUUUUAAGCAAGUUCUCCAAAGUGCAACUGACAUUUACAGCUAGAAUAUAAACGUGGCGUAAGUCUAAAAUAGAUCCUGUGGUCCCCGUCGCUGUACUCAAGCAUGUGUUGACAAUGUAAAAACAAUUGUCAGCUACACUGUAUUUGAAGGAUCCCAGUGUGCCAAGCUGCUAGACCCAGUUCAAAUGCAAUGGAAAAUCUGACACUCAACAGUGGCACUUUGAAGUUUUUUUUGCGACUAAAUUUGGAUUUGAUACAACAAGUGUUUUGGUUUAUUUACCUAUCUGAGACCGCAUGUGAACUGGGGACCCCCCACCACAGGGCCAAACAAACUGCAACAUGAACAAAAUAUGCCAGAUACUUCACUAAUUGAACUUAAAUAAAUAAAAUAAGUGUCUGUCCUUGAUCAGUUCUUGAGCUAUAGUCGUCGUGCGUCAAGUGCACCCCCACAAAAAAGGACAAAAACAUGUCUCCAAGUGUGAGUCUGUGUGCAAGCUAAAGCCACUGCUCCUCCUUAUUUCCCCUGGUUCACGCUCUGGUCAUUCCAGGUUCACCUGUCGCAGUCUGAACUGAUGCUGAGGACUUUCUCACAGUAAGUCUUCAUCAAAGAGCUACCUGUUCCUUUGGUGUCGACAUCAGCAUUUCAAUGACUCCCCAGUAGUUCCUCCAACAAAUACUAUCACGAAGAAUAUCUGCCGACCCACAGUGUCUCUCUCUCCAAACGUGUCCUAAUAACAAUAAAAAUGAGAAUCUUUGGGUCAGUGAUAAGUCUCCUCAAGCUUUUGUGUCCAACUCUAGAUAAUAACACAUCAAAGCCGGCAACAAAAAUGUGCCGAGUGGUGGGGUCCAGAUGGGCUUCGCCUCCCAGGCUUACAAAAAGCUGCUUCUUCAUCAUCAUUGCCGUAAACAGCGAAGGAUGUGGGAAGUCGUGCCUGCUGCCUCUGUGGUGGGGAAGUGGAGGUGUGAUGUUGAAGCCCGGGCUCAUUUCGUGUGGAUUGUUUAAUAUCAGUCAGACACUUGCACGUCCUGCACAACAUGUGCCAUCGCCGGACCCCCCCAUCCCCCUUUAUGUGGCCAUCCAACAUGUGGGGAGGUAAUCCCAGCUAUUAGGGUAAUCUCCUCAGCAGUGCGAUCAAUAGGGGAGGUUGUGCGGCAGCUAACCAGACUGGAGGAGCAGGGGGACCAAAUUUGUGCCGAAGAAAAAUGAUUUAAUCACAGAGAUUGGGUCAGGAGACCAGGGUCUGGACUGGGAGGGGGAAGGGUGCAGAUCGGCCACAGACAGACAGGAAGAUGUGUGAGGUCAGGCCAUCUCCACUUGGAGUUUGAGCUCCCUGUUGUGUUAAUGGAGGGCCACAUUGUUUCAUAUUCUCCACUGAAGAAAAACAGCUGCUUUAGAUACUUUAUGACAAACAAUGGCACCACGGUUGUUUCAGCCACUUAAAUGUAUUGUGGAUGAAAAGGACAAAAAAGUGUGACCCUGAAUAAACCAUGCGUUUUAAACCUCUUUACUGGGGAGACAGGCCCUCGAGGGAUUAGUGCUCACCCCCGAAAAAAAAUCCCAAACAUGCCUUCAAUGUGCUGCAGGUACCGCCACAACAACAGCAUGGUGCAUGUAGACAAAAACAGGACUUAAAAAAAGUUAGCACUCAAAAGUAUUUUCAGAUAUUUGUUUAUUUUCAGCAGUUAAUUCUAACCUCAUGUCCCUGCUUGUUUACAAUAUUUGUUGAUUGAUUAAAUGUUUCAGAUUGGAGAUUUUAUUAAUGAGAUUAAUAGUCAAUAUGGCAUAUUAAAUACUUAAAUGAUGAAACCAUUAAUAGUGGACAAGAGAUGUCUCAGAAAAAGUAGCAAAUUUUAAUGAGAUAAAGGAAUAGAAAAGGGGGAAAACGAAUAAGUUAUUAGACAUUAUUUAAAUGAAACAAAUAUUUUUGUUUUUCCUUUUUUUUGCGAUUAAAGUUUUUAAUCUCAAUCGCACUAAAGGUGAGUUUACUCGCAAUAAAUGGCAUAUUACUCACACAUCUGUUCUCUAACUUCAAGUAAAAUUUAAUGAACACAUGAGCAGCUCUGACACGAUUAAAGUUAUGCUGAUCUCUAUUGCCAAUAUAAUUUAAAAAUGAAAAAUAUAAUAUAAUUUGCCAUAUGAAUACACACCAUCUGUGACCGACAUUCAUGCCCCACCAUUCCUUGAUAGUGAUGAAUCAUUGUUGACAUGAUUUGUCAUGGAAAAAUGCACCUGCUUCAAGUCUCUCGUGGACGAGCGGCACUGCAAAUACGAGAAAAAUGUCCAGAUGGAAGAUGGCAAGGAUGAAUAAGGUGCUCACAGAUCCCUUCUGUUUGGCCCCGUCGAGACAGAGAGAGAAGAGAUUGGAUGGGUCGGAGGGAGUCGGGUUACUAUAGCACCAUUCUACUCCCAAGAAGCGCUGGUGUAAAAGAUGCAAUAACCCUAUGGGAAACCUAAUCCAAACCCUGCUGCCAGCUGUCAUUCUCUCGCCAGGGCAAAAUCGCUAAGCAGGUCUCACCUUACCCUUGUUCAAUCGUUGCCUUAAUCAUAGCAGGAAGUAGUAUAUUUCAAACAUGUUCUUCAAAUCCACCUUGUAACCUAAGAGUUUUGAUCUGGAGCGCUGAGACCACACAAUUGAAACACCAAUGUCAAGGGUUUUCUUUUCUUCAUCAGAACAGAAGAUUGUUGUUUAAAAGAGUUCUAUGAAGAAGGUGCAACACAUAAAAACCCAGUUAAAUAAAAUACCCUUCUAUAUGACCAAUUAAUACACAUAUUUGCCAUGAUUUACUUUUUUUUGCGCAGUGUUCAAAAUUCUAGAACUUGGGGAAAGUCAUUGAAAAGUGUCUGAAUUAAGGCAUUAGUAACGUACGAGGCUGGAUACAGGUUUUUUCAGUUUCCAUUUCAAUGCAGAAUGGUAUCUUAGGUAGGAUGUAGUCAUAAUACAGAUGUUAUUUUGUUUUUUAACUAGGGAGGUGACUUUAACAGAUGCACUUACAUUAAUAAAUGACUGACAAAAAUAAUGAAUUAAUCCAAAUAAACAGAGUUGUUAUGUAUAAACUUUCUUUUGGUAGGAAGGCUUUUUCAAUGCCUCAAUUCUAGGUGCUGCAAUGUGAUGUUAUAACAUCCAUGAUGUAGGAGUCUAAAUGAGAUCAUGCUGUUGGAUUGAAAAUUGAAUUUUAAAACAGGAUACAAUAUUUUAUAUAGAAGACAAUAUUUUAUAUUGUGCGGGAUAGAAGCACAAAAAAUGUCCUGUGCUCUUACUACAGCCAAUAGUUCACUCAGCACCGGUGCACUUCAACCCUUUAAGAUUGUCUUGUACAGAUUCAACUUAAAUUUGAUCAUUUUGUUAGAUAUUUUUGACUUAGACUUUCUUUAUUGCACAAAAACAUUAUAUUAUAUUAUGGCAACGAAAUUUUGAUCUGUGGCCUCCGGUUUCCAAAAACCAAAACUAUAUGACCAAAUUAAAUAAAUAUCAGAUAAAUACCAACAAAAAAAAAAAAAAAAAAAAUAUAUAUAUAUAUAUAUAUACGCACCAACAAAUAAACAGUAUUGCAGCUAUUGUCCAACGUUCAGCAACCUGACAGCACCAGGAACAAAACUGUUCCUGAAUCUGGUGGUUCUGCAUCGGCUGCUACGGAAGUGUCUGGCGGUGCAUGUUCAAUAAUCAUAUUGAAAUGUGAUUAAUCACGAGUCAUUAGUUCGAAAACCUCAAAUUAGAAUUUUCUUUUAACUCAAGUACCAACUCUAGUUUUAACAUAUCAAAUGGGAAAAAAAAAAUAUUUAAAAUUUGAAAUCUUUCCAUAUUAUUAUUAUUAUUAUUAUUUGUAAUUUGUGGCCUUCAUUUCAAUGACAAAAGCAGCCAUUUCAGUCACUUCUUGAAACAACAACAACGGAACAAAGCCAUCUGUGUUGCACUUAUUUCUUCAUUUGUUGUUCAAAAGCUUUUAAAGCAAACAUUUUCAGUCAACUUCGCUGAAUUUCCCCACUGUGGGACAAAUAAAGGCCAUCUAUUCUAAUGUAAUAUGUAUAUAUAUGAUUCUGAUGUUUAGCUAUCAAAUUCCAAUACAGGAAAUGCAGCGUUUCCCUCAUGAUAUAAGAUAAUAGUAGAAUUUGACAAUGUAUUCUUGCAGCGCCUUUGAUCCUGAUAGCAUACCUUUGAAGACGUGGAUAAAAACAAGUGCAUGCUUUCAGAAGCAGUUCAAGAGCAAGCCGUGAUGGUUUCCUGUCCAUGAGAUGUACGGUACUACAGGAUCCACAUAAAUCCCUUCAACCAGCAGGAUGGGAAUGAGAGAGUGACUUUGUUUCCUGUGAUAAACAUUGUGAAUUUGGACUGAGUGAAUCCAAGAAAAACACUUUUAAAUUCUGCUCACCAACCUGACAAGGAGCUGCUGAAAAGCAAUGGAAACGGAAGAAAGAGACGACACUUUGAAGGGGGCUGCUGACAUAAAGGAAGACGUGGAAGAAGAUGUGAACUCCGGACACACUUGUGGAGUGUGUGGCCGCACCUUUCCGCUUCUUAGCUCUUUGUCCCAACACAUGAGGAGACACACCAGGGAGAAACCGUACAAGUGCCCAUACUGUGAUCACCGGACUGCACAGAAGGGUCGGUUGAAGGCCCAUAUUCGAAGCCAUAAACUAGGAUUGUUAAGCCAAAACCUCAGUGAAAAGGAAGCUAAAGAGGAAGAGGCUGAUGCUCAGGUAACGCUCGAGCACGACCCUGAGAGCAUCAGCACAGACAAGCACCAGGCCGUCAAUGGGAAAGUGAAGAAGAAAGUAACCAAAAAUGAAGUUCAGAGUAAAGCGACAGUCACAAGUGUUGAGGUUGACCCCAAAGCUGACGCUGGACCUUUUACUUGCACUAUUUGUAGCCAGGUUUUCCCUCAGGAACUUCUUCUCAAGGCACACAUGAAAAGGCACCGCAGCACCAAGGAUCACGGUUGUCGAAUUUGCGGCCGCAGAUUUCGCCAAGCGUGGUUUCUGCAGAGUCACAUGCGCAUUCACCGGAUGAAAGGGCAGCUGAAAGACGGCAAAGGUAAUGAUCUGCCCAUCACCAUCAACGGCGUCCUCCAGGACCCAGCAUCGUUGAUAAAUGAAGAGUGCCUCUACGAGCUCUGCGUCAUCUGCGGUAACUUCUUCCCAGAUCGUGUGGCUCUUCAGACGCACGAAGACCUGCAUAACUCGAACUCUGAUCACAGUUUUGUUCAGAAGCAAACUCAAAAUGAAAACCAGGAAACCGAAAUAACCCAGGAUCUGUUUUUGGAGGGUCUGAAUCUCAGGAGUGUGAGACCAAGAAGUACGCAGGAGGACCAGCGUCCAGGCCGGAGAAUAGUCGAGCUGGAUCCCAUUUGCAGCUACCAGGCGUGGCAGUUAGUCACCAGGGGGCGACUCAUGGAAGCGUCUGAAAAAUGCCUGGGUUGGGAGGAGAGACUUGCAGAUGCUGAUGUAGCGUAUGACACAGAAAAGGGCGAGUACAUCCCUCUGAAGCGCGAGCGGAAGAGGAAGCAGAUGGAAAUUACAACCUCGAGCGUCAAGAAAAAGAAGACCGAUACAAGUCCGGGCAGCGGCGCUCAGCCUAAAGUGGCGGAGAAGAAGACUUUGCAGAAGGACCGAAUCAUCUUGAACGGACUUGGCCAUGCGUUUUACGAGGCGCUGCAAAAUAGGAAGGUCAAAGAGGUCAUCAUUCCACCCAAAAAGUCCAACAAGUUCCACGUCAAGGAAGAAACACACUUCUUCUGUGAGCACUGUCACUUCACCUCCAACGAUGCCUCCCUGCUCAGGUCCCACCUGCUGCUGCAGCACCAGGACCUGCUGGCGCCGUACAGCAUCCACAACCUCAGCCUGGACCUGGGACCCACUGGCCACAAGGCCUCCAAGUACAUGGACUACCUUAGAUCCCGGAGUGUGUUGCUGAGUCAGCCCUACUGGAGUCCCUACUCGUGUCCUCCUGGGCAGAGUCCAGCAGAAGCAAAUAUUAAGACGGAAAAGUCGACUGAGCCUGAGGACCAAGUGCAAGGUGGUACUAGCUGGCAUUCUGAAAGUCUUCUCAACCUGUCUGUGUCACCUGUGAAGACAGAAGACGUUUCACAAAGGGAUUCUGACAAAGCAGGGGGCUUAGUGAGACACCAGUGUCCUUACUGCUCGCACACGUCCCACUACCCCGAAGUUCUGUGGAUCCAUCAGCGUGUGUCGCACAGGGUGGACAGCGGGAGCACUCUGGCGCCCAGGUGGGCUCCAUGUGCGAGCUUUAAGAAAGUAAAAGCAGGAGGUCAGAAGUGGAGACGCACUGGACCGCCAUCCUUCCUGGAGGGCAAAGACUGUCCAGCGUUACCAGCACCCCGGGCCCAGCGCACGCAGCCUCCGGGCUCAAAAUCCCAGAGCAGCAGCAGCGUCAAGCUAGCAGCUCCCAAAACUCAGUCGCUCGCUCCAAAGUCAAAGCAGCAGUCACAGUCCUCUGACCACUCGAAAUGCGAACGUCCAUCGCAGAAGAAGACGGGCGACCCGUCCCCGUCAAGCGUGGGUCAUAGCAAAGCUCCCAGCAGUUCCUCAAGUACUGUAGUGAACAACAGCAAGAGUGUCUCGGCUCGCACCCCUGCCAGCUGCCCCAAGAACAAAGGCCAAAGAGCAGCAGUGGAGUUUCCACAGGAGGGUCUCGGUUUCAUGUUGGCCAGAAGCCACAGCAGCGCGUCCUCAAACACAGAUAGACCUCAUCCCCGUCGGCACUCAUGUGACUCCGCCACAGGAGCCAAGGGUCCCGAUCUGUGGGCAUCCAUGAGCACCUGGGGCCACAAAGCUUAUCUGGAGCCCAUGCUCUUCGCUCAGGGAAAGAUUGAGUCGACGGGAGAAAUGCCAGUGGACAUUGAUAUUGUGAGUCUUUUUAAAAACUACAGUCCCCACGAGCUGGCGGCUCUGUACCAGCAGUGGGGGUUCAUCGACCCGCGGCUUGACCCGCACGCAAUGGUGCAGCUUAACGGACAUUUUGGGAAUUCCUCAUCAGAAGGUUCCAAACAGGUGAGCAGCCGCUCCACGUCCUCCUCAGGGUCCCUUCAUAAAGGAACAUGAAGUUUCCUGACUCUGAAGUAACCAGCCAUAAGGAAGGAAUAUGCACACGACAUGCACCGCGAUCAGUCAGCCUCCGUACUGUUCACGUUUCACUUUCAUUUCAGGUGUGUUUGAGCGCUUUUUGCUAGAUUGUAGAUUUGUUUGUCACCCAGCAAAAAUGUGAGAAGUCGUGAAUAGAAUGACAAUCCCAAGAUGACAAUCAGAGGUGGUCAUGACAAACUUACUGUGAAACAUUUGUAUAUAAUGCAGCAACAAAAUGGAAGAGGAGGAGCUGCCCGAUGACUUCUACUGACAUCGGAAUAAAUGAAUAACUGCUCUUCCUGGUCCUGCAAACUUGUGACCAAAACUGAUGGCACGACAUGUGAAAAUCUGCUACAUUCAUUCUUGUUAGUACAAGGUCCCAGACUGAGCUUAACUUCAGCUGAUCACAGAGUUAAACAGCUGAAAUGAUCAUACAAGUAGGCAGAAUUUAAAGUGAAGGAAGAUCGGCUUUGUGUUUGACUGUAGAUUACAUAGAUGUUUUACGGGUGCCACUGGUCUGAACGCUGCCAAACCCGACCCAAAUAAAACUGAAGAAUGCAGUUAUUAAAUCGCCACUAGAGGGCGACGUUGGAUCGUUAAAACAAAUGAAACAAAUACAUGAUGUGUUGAUUUUAUUCCACUGUCUUGCUGCAGCGAGCCUGUCUUUCCUGAUGUAAAUGGUACUAUGGAAAGUACAUUAGAAGUUCAAGUGUAUCCAGAAGUAGAGGAAACUAAUCUUACCAAACAGACGUCCUCCUCAAAACACCAAGUGUCUUUACUUCUGCAAGGUCAGCAAACUGGGGCCACAUUCCUGAAAAUGAAAUUUCAAACUUUCAAAAUAAAAACAGUUGGCGCCGCCCUUUCUUCACUAAUGAUUUAGGAUACUUCACACACAAAAUUUCCUUUUGCUGCCACAUGCGUCCCCAUUGUUCGGCCUCUCAUGUAGCUUAUGAAGCGUAGUUUAAAAUCUCCCAUAGAUGAAGAGUCUAUGCAUUUAGAAGAAAAGCCGUGGACUGUGGGGACAGGAGGAUGCAGCGUUUGUAUUGACUUUCGUAUGUUUGAAAUUUGUUUUUUGAUAAGUUCUUCACGUGUUAUUUAAUGUGUACUGUCCGAUGAGGCGCUCCUCGGUACUUGAUAUUUGUAGCCACGGGUGAAAAUGUUGACACUCUCUGUGCAGAUUUGAAGUAUACUUCACAAACACUGUGUAAUGCUGUAAAACAAUGUUUGCAUCUAUAUUUCUACUUUCAACUCGUCUGCAUUUCAUCUAAUUGUACAAAGUUCCAAAUAAAGUCACAGAACUGUUGGUGCAGAAUCAUGGGUCUCU